AUGGAAUUUCUUAAACUUGAGAAUGAAGAUAUAAAUGAUGAUCUGCCUGUCCACUUCAGGACGAUUAGUCAUCCCCAUUUUCACCUUCGUCCCGUCUCUCAUACGGAACAUAUUCACACCAAAAUGGUCGCUCGAGCAGCUACAAAGGCCGUUACGUCCUCGGUCAUGACAACGAGGGUUCUUCCCACUCUUAUGAUGGUCGGAGCAGACCAGACUGACACCAGAUACACAGCAACCGCGGUGGGAAGCUUCGUUCGGUCACAGCUCAAACAGCAAUCAACUACUCUGGAUCGCUACUUCGCCCGAUCCCACACCCCCGAGAGGGAAGCCACCCGGGCUCGCGUCUUUGAAGGCGCCCCAGAUCCGCGAAAAUCCAUCUUCAACGUUCUAAGCUGGUAG